AUGGCCAAUACUACUGGGAAUACUCGUACGGAGAAGGAACUCGAGGCGCUUGGAUGGGUUGGCAUUGGUACGGAAGAGGUGGCCCAUGGUGACUAUGGUGAAAGAGAAGCAACUAAGAUCAUGGCUCGAGAAAGCAGGCAAGGCUCCGCCGCACCUUCGAGCUCUAACCGCAAGCGGCGACGGUCUGGCGACAAGGAUAUCAUGAGUACCGGACUAGACCAAGGCAGCAAACGACGGAGGGUACAGCGGGAAAGCGGCGCAAUUGCUGCAAGGAUCGAGCGUUCCUGGGGACUUCAAGCUUCUGUCGAUUUUGGAGAAAUGCAGCACAAACUCGAAGUAGCCAGUACAUCUAUGGCAUCCACACGCGACGGCCAGUCCGCCGCUCAAAGCCACCCGUUUACCCCUCCUCGGAUCGCUCCAACAAAAGAAGACAACGCGAUCACGUCAAAGGGCAAACCCCUGGAUCGGAGACUCUGGACGACUCGUCCUGAUGGUCAUGCCACAGCAGCAUUCAGAAACAUGGUCCCGUCUUCUCUGCCAAGAUUUCGGACUGCUGCAGACAACGCCAUGCCGUAUCGUCUCGAGCCCGCCGCCCCUGCUACGCCGAGCAGUCGGCCGUUACUAUUGUCUGCGAUCGGUGGUCGAAAAGACACCCCGACGUCCCCAUAUAUCACGGGACCGCAACCACGUUGAGCGAGGGCCUCUUUCAUGAAGGCGGGAACGCAGACCACAUCAUCGCUGGACGCACAAUUCGUGCGAGCAGAGGCUUUGCUCGCGGUGACCC